UCCUGGACAGAGUACGAAGCAGAAUGUAGUUGUGCUACAACAUAUAAGACUGUCGUGGAUACGAUGGUUGAAGCUACAAUUCCAGUCCUCCAAGCAUUAUGUCUUCUAAACAAGAACAGCCCGAUCAAAUAGAAUAUGGUGUCAAGUCUUCAAAGCCGAGAUCGACUCCGCCGCACCCGACCCACUCGACCCUGUGAAGCGUUAUCACGAUGGUGUCUUCGUGAACGUGGAUCCUGAAGCUGGCAAAGGAACACUAUUUCAUGUUACAGGCGAUAUCAUUGCGGCCAGCGGCAUGUACUACGACGAGAAGAAAGGCUGGAAGCCCGGACAAUCUGGCCUUUUGCACAGACUGACGCCGAUUGGACAUGUUCUAAAGUCGGACCACGAUUCCGGAAGGAUCACCGCUAUCCUGAGCGCUUUACCUACACCGACGAAACAACAAGGCAUCAAUUUCUGGGAGAAAGAUCCAGUGACCAACAGAUAUGAGAUCACAUGGACCAAGGAAAAUGGCGAGCUUUAUGGACCUGGAGAGCAAAGGAGGCCGAUCUUCAAAUGCAACGAAUGGACAGCUCAGCAUGCUAUUCCUGCUUUGCAAAGGGCUGGUAUUCUGCGUCCAUGGUCGUAAAAGGAGGUUGCAAGGAGAGCAUGUUACAUGUCUGGCAUUUUGGAGGGAGAUCUUUUGGUCAAACACAUUCGCUGCGGCUGUUUUGAUUCGGAGUUUGAUGAAGCCAUGGAAUGCGGUUGUAGGCGACAUCUGUGGUGCAAUUGAUCCAUGGAGACAUCGAAAGAUUUAACUAUAAUCUUUCUCGAACAUAGUCAAGGCAGCUGCUUCAGCAAGGCGUACGUCCAAGAACUUCCCAACGUACCAGCACCAGUCAUCAUGAAUGCCCGUCAGAUUGAAUUCUUUGGAAGCUGAGUAGUAUUCCCAGAACUCUGGCAGCCAGGCCGCCAUCUCCCAGUCCACGAGGAAAACAUCAAAACGUCUCUCG